AUGACAGAAGUUGAUAUUUAUGAAGUUGCACAAUCAAAUAGUGGACCUUUCUCUUUUAAAAAUCCAAAUCAUAAACAUCCAACAAGAAGAGUUAAAGCAACAAAACAAUUAAUUAUUGAUGAACAAAAAUAUUUAAAAUUAAAUGAAGAUAAAUUAAAAUCAAAUUCAAUAAAUUAUUUCACAAUUGAAAGUCCACCUUCUCUGAAACCAUCCAAGAAAUAUUGUGAUAUUACAGGUUUGAAAGGGAAUUAUAAAAGUCCUUCAAGUGGGAUUAGAUAUUAUAAUGGUGAAAUUUAUUCAAUUGUUAAAAAUAUGGCAUCUGGUGUUGAUCAACAAUAUUUAGAGUUAAGAAAUGCAAAUGUUGUUUUGAAAUAG